AUGUCCGCUACUAUCAUUUCCACGUUCAAUCAUGCUACCAGUUACAGCAAUAUCGGUGGCGGAUUCUUCAUUUUUCUUGCUGGCAUGAUUGGCAAUAUUCUCAACAUCAUUGUCUUUACUUCGCUCAAAACAUUUCGACAGACUUCGGCUGCUUUCUACAUGACGAGCGCAUCGUUUGUCAACAUCUUUCAGCUCGUUGUUGGUCUACUUUCUCGAAUACUCAUCACUGGCUACAACAUUGAUCCCACCAAGACGUCAUCGUUUAUUUGCAAAGCACGACAAUUCACUCUCAUUACCACUAUGCUGAUGGCUUUCAGCUGCAUGUGCUUGGCAGCAAUCGAUCAGUAUCUUUCACUCACUCAUCCAUGGCGUCAUUUAUGUACAGUCAAAGCAGCUAGUCGAUUCAUCAUCGCUAUUUUUGUUGUCUGGAUUUUGCAUGGAAUUACACUCUUCAUCUAUUCAGAUGUCAUUUCAAUAGAAGGCACUGGUCAAACAACGUGUGGCUUACUCAAUACCGGAUUCUCAAUAUACUACUCCCGUUUCUUGUUUCCUGUUCUGCUCGGUGUCCUACCAUUGAUCAUUCGUGUAUCCUUUGGUAUUCUUGCUUUCGUCACAGUUCAACGUCUAAGCAAGCGGGAAGUACCAGUCGUUCGAUUGGAAAGAGACAAACAGCUAACAACAAUGGUGUUGGUAGAAGUAGCUGUGGAUGUCGUGCUGACGUUACCAUAUAGCAUCUACAAUCAUUGGUACUCGGGUAGUGUGACAUUCAAUGAUAGUGUUAGCAGUGCUGUGAAUCAGUUUAUAAUUGCUUUGACUAGAGUGGUGUUUUAUGGUAAUUUCGCGGUGGCUUUUUAUAUUUAUUAUUGUGUUUCAUCAAGAUUUCGAAAGCAGUUAGCUUAUGUUUUAGUGCAAAUGCAUUUGAGAUAUUGGCCAGAUCAUGAAUUAAAAUUCAUAAGAGAGAAGAUAAUCCAACAAAUUGCGAACUAUAGAUUAAUUAUGUUAUUUUUCAAAUAG